UUUAUUGAAUUUUUGUUACCAGCGCAUCUUAAUUGGGAUUGAGAAUUAACAUACGUAAAUACGUAACGAAACGGACGAUUACGUCCUCUCAUGAAUGGUUGUUAUUUAAGGAACUUAUUUGUCGAAAUUGUAAUUGUAUCCGUACUAAAGGUGAAGAUGCGAGAAGCGGAUGUUCAUACGCGAUAUAUUCGCAGCACGUCACCUAAUCCGAUCAUUUCCAUCGCCUGAUUGCUAUAUCUAAGAUAUAAUCAACCGCGGCAAGUUCGCAACCAGUUCAAGAACAAUGUCCACAUUGUUAAUAACGUUUUAAGAAUUACGACAUGGUAGUAUUCGUGCUACCUUUCUAAGUAUCUAAAUUAUCAGGUUACAAAUUGGAUAACAAGUAUCCUGGUGGAAUUUAUUCUUUGCCAAUAAAUUUUUUUAUCGGUAGUAAAAAUUAGAAAAAUUUGGAAAUUAAGUAUUCGUAAUGCCGCGAAGCCGUCUGGACGCCGUUUACAGGAGUAUUCUAUUGACUAAAUUUUUCACAAAAGGUUGGGGUAGUCCCGAAAAUCUUAAGAGGAUUUUCGAAUUUAGAAAAGCCCUUGCCAAUAGAAAAACAUGUUAUGAACUUAUACCUCGUGAUUAUCCAAUCAAUAUAACUAAAGAUGAAGAAUGGUCAGAUUGUCAUAUUAUUGAGGGAAAUUUUGAAAGUCCAUUUAACAAACAUCUCCCUAAUAUAAUGCCUUAUGAGACAAUAACUUCACAUUUUCAAUUGGUUUUACCACGUAAAUGGUAUUCUCAUAAAAUAAAGCCUAUUUGUUUACACCUUGCUGGGACAGGAGAUCAUUUCUUUUGGAGAAGGAGAAAUCUAAUUGCCAAACCUCUUCUAAAGGAAUCAGGAAUUGCAUCUUUGUUAGUAGAAAACCCAUUUUAUGGUUCAAGGAAACCACAGAAUCAAAUACGAUCUUGUUUACAUAAUGUCUGUGACAUCUUUGUAAUGGGAGGAUGCUUAAUAAUGGAAUCAAUUGUUUUACUAAAUUGGUGUGAGCAACAAGGUUUUGCACCUUUAGGACUGACAGGUUUAUCAAUGGGUGGUCAUAUGGCUUCAUUAGCAGCAACCAACUGGCCAAAACCAAUUCCACUAAUCCCUUGUCUUUCAUGGUCAACAGCAUCACCAGUAUUUACCCAAGGAGUAAUGAGCGCUUCGAUUAAUUGGACGCUUUUAGAAAAUCAAUAUUUUGCAAAUGAACUAUAUCAAAAUGAUCUCGCCAAAAUGGUGAAAAUUAUAGGUAAAGAAGAUGCGUUUUUAGCUGGUCAACAUUUUGCACAGCAUUAUCCUUCCAGCAUGAAAAGAAUCAAUGAAUUAAAAGAAAUGUCUGAUGAUACUACUAAAGAAGUAUGUACUACAACUGCCACUGAAACUGUGAUUAAUAAUAAAGAAUAUAGUAAUAGCGAGUUACAAAACCAAGACAAUACUCUGAAGAAUCAAAUUGCUGAGGAAAAAGCAGCAAGGAUAUUUCCUUUAAAUAUUUUAUCUAAUAAAUUAAAGUUAAAAGAUGCAAAUACAAUGAAAGGUGUUUGUAUGUUACCAGUUCCAAGACAUCCAUUAUUUUCGGAUUGCAAAUGGCGCGAACGAGAAGCAUUGCAAUUUAUGUGUGGAAUAAUGGAUGAAUGUACGCAUUUAAAGAAUUUCGAAGUGCCGGUUGAUACCGAGUUGAUUAUUGCUGUUUGCGCAAGGAAUGAUGCGUAUGUACCGCGCGAUGAUUGUAUGAGUUUGGAAAAAAUCUGGCCAGGAGCUGAAAUUCGAUAUAUAGACGCUGGACAUGUGUCCGCGUAUCUUCUUCAUCAAAAAGUAUUUAGAUCUACUAUAGUAGAAGCAUUUGAACGAUCAAUGAAGAAAUAUCCUGUACAAACCAGCUAAUAUAUACAUACGUAAUUUUAGCAAAUGUUUAAAAUUUAGAUAAAUCUAAAGAUAUUUUUAAAACAAGCAGUUAUUUUUGAAGUGGAAUUUUAUUUAUUUGUGAUACUAUUAAGGAUAUAUUUAAACUAUUUUUUAAAUAUUUUACAAUUUUUACUUCAUUUCCGUUUUAUGAAUUAAAAGACCAAGGAGAGAUAAUCAUGCAUGUGAAUAGACACUAUUUUUUAUAUGAUGCAAUGUACAAAAUGUUGAUAAAACAAAAAGACUAAUAU